AUGGCGGGGAGUUGGAGUUUCAUUUCUUUUCUUGGCUGGAUCGUUCAUCUACGCGGUGUUCUCAGGGUUGCCCCCGGUCUCGUGCUCGCGGGAGUCGAGGACGGUUCCGGGGAGGGCGUGUUCGGCGUCGAACAUGUCUACAGGGACUCGGCCGUCGUUUGUUAUUCCUGUCUGGCUGCCAUGGACGCCGGGCUGAGGGGACGGGCAUGUGUCGAGCGGCUUUUCGAGCGUGGCUACAUGGCCCGAUCUCCGCUAUCAUUUACUCUUGAAGUAGGAAAACGCAGACAAUAUCCGGCUAGCGAUCACCCUUCCCGCAUUCAUCAUGAAUCACCGCCCUUUGGCCAAAACGCCGGCUGGGAAAGGUAUAUUUGGGAAAGAGAACUUUGUAUUCGACGUCGGUAUUUGCCCAAGGAUAUAGGGAAACUGGUAAAAACCUGUAUCGGCUGUGUCUAUCUAAGUCCUCCCGACGUACCAGGCGCUCCUAUCAAAUGA